ACUCCUCCCACCCUGGAACAACAGGGAAGUUAUAAUGCCCUGGAGGGAGAAAAUCCCAGAGGGAGUGGUGACAGCGAAGCGAGGAGUACGUUGGCUCUAUCCCGUUGUUUGUUUUCACUACCUCAGAGGUCAAGUUUCACGCAGAUCCACAAGGUAACAUCAAGGAAGUUCAUGGCUGCCUCCAGCAUUUUCCUGUCAGACGUGCAGUUUCAGUGUUCUGUCUGUCGGGAUGUAUUCUCAGAGCCAGUCUCCAUCCCCUGCGGUCACAGCUUCUGCUUCACCUGCAUCACAUCACACUGGGACAACAGUGAUGUCAUCAGCUGUCCAAAAUGCCAGACGGUGUUUUAGGGUUGCCCAGAGCUUUGUGAAAACUAUUUUGCCAAGGAAAUGUCUGAACAGAUUCGAGCAAGGAGGCAAAAUGGUGUCAUGUCAUUGGUUGGAAAGACCAUAUAUUGUGAUGUGUGUGUUGAGAGGCUAACAAAGGCCUUGAAGUCCUGUCUUGUUUGUUUGACCUCAUACUGUGAGAGUCACCUUGAACCUCAUCUGAGAGUUCCUACCUUGAAGAUUCACAAGCUGAUAAAGCCUGUUGCAAUGCUCGAGAACAGGAUGUGUGAAAGGCAUCAGCGGCUGCUGGAGCUGUAUUGCAGGAAUGACCAGAGGCCUGUGUGCUUGUUGUGCACUGAGACUGACCACCGCGGUCAUGACGCUGUCCCAGUGGAGCGAGAGAGUCGGGAUAAGAAGGCUCAGAUAAUAAGCAUUGAGGGUGAUGUUCAGCAGAUGAUCCAUGACAGGCGACAGAAAGUGGAGGAGAUCCAACACUCUGUUGAGCUGAGCAAAGAAAACGCAAAUCAAGACAUUAGAGAAAGCAUGGAGAUCUUCUCAGCUUUGGUUCGCUGCAUGGAGAGAAGCAAGGCUGAACUUGUGGACGUGAUCCAGAGAAAGCAGACAGCAGCAGAACAGAGGGCAGCAAGGCUCAUUGCAGAGUUGGAGCUGGAAAUAACUGAGCUGGAGAAGAAGGGAAGUGAGAUGGAGGAGCUCUUUCACUCUGAGGACCACCUCCAUCUUCUACAGAGGUUUCCAGCUCUGAGUUUUCUUCCAUCUGCAAAGGCCUGCUCUGACAUCAUUGUCCAUCCUCACACAUGUUUGGGGAUCGUAAGGAGAACAGUAGCCGAAACUGAAAAGCAGCUUCAGUCAGCUUUGAAAAAGCUCUCCAUUCAAGAGCAUGAGAAGAUGCAGCAGUACGCAGCUGAUGUUCAUCUGGACCCGAGGACUGCUAACCCUUGGCUGGUACUAUCAGAGGAUGGUAGACAAGUCUGGGAUGGAGACGUUGAACAGAGUUUGGUGGACAUACCAGAACGUUUUGACACAGCACCAUGUGUCCUUGGCACCCAGGGUUUUACCACUGGGAGGCACUAUUGGGAGGUGGAUGUGGGAAACAAGACAGCAUGGGACUUGGGUGUAGCUCAGGAGUCAGUGGACAGGAAAGGUGUUGUGACACUGAGCCCAGAGGACGGGUUUUGGACUGUUUGUCUGAGGAAGGGCAGUGAGUACCGGGCAUGUGCAGGACAGGCCGAGCUGCUGGGUGUUCUUCAGAAGCCACAAGUUAUUGGGGUGUUUCUGGACUACGAGGAUGGGACGGUGUCUUUCUUUGAUGCAGAGGCUCAUUCACACAUCUAUUCCUUUACACAGUUUAAUUUCACUGAGGCCGUUUUUCCCUUCUUUAACCCUGAAAUGAGUGACAGCAUCUCCAACCAAUCCCCACUGAUCAUCCGUCCUGUUAGUGGAGUCAAUGGAGGCUUGGAUUUAGAUGGCAUUACAAUAUGAUGUAAAACCUAUAUUUAGUGUAUAUUUUUAUCGCAAGGUUUUUCUCUUGACAGCAGCCCCCUGUCGGUUUUCCUUCACAACUGUCACACAAAUUGUUUUAUGAUAAAUGAUUAUCUUCAUUCAGAACAAUAAAUAAUUUCACAGA